CAUGGGAACAAGAGUAAAAGUUAUCGGCACCUGUCCAUACUGCAAUCGUUAUGUGUCCAGGGACUUGCGACCCAUUAACAUGCUGACACCACGGGAUGCAAAGAGGAUUUCUCAACUGAUAAACGCGGAACCACCAGCUCCAAUUCAGUUGGAUUCUGAGACGGAAUCGGAGGAAAAUUCUAGGCUCAAGGUGCGGCUCUCAAAGAGGAAAGAAACCACUCAAGAGGAGCCACAGGCGAACGCUACAAAGGAUGCCGAAGCAGAAAACUCUUUAGAGGAACUAACAGGAAACAUUUUGAACUUGGUAGAGCAGGAGUUUGCCCGUAGUCCGGAAUGCAGUGGAGCAUCUAGGAUUUCUGAAGAGAAUGCCGGCGUCAUCGUGGCCAUGUUGACGGAGGAGCAGCGUAUUAUCGACAAGAUUGAAAGGCGGGCACUUAAACGGGAUGUUAAAGAGCCGCCUGCUAAAAGGCGAAGGUGUUAAUUAAUAGGUACAUCACAUGCAGGCGGCAA